UGUAACCCAAUAUAUAAAAGCGUUGUUCGUUUUAAAGUGUAAACGAUGAUUCGCUGGAAAAAACUUGCGACUUUGCAACGAAUAUUCGUAAGUACAAAAAUUUCAUCAGGUGUCAUAAGUUAGUUGCUGUGAGGAAUACAAAAAGAUUAAUUGAUAUUGAAAGAACUUGAGGUAUAUAGGCCUACCCGAUCAGGUGAUAAACAAGAACAGCAAUUAUCUUUACACAGAUCUUUCCAUUACCACCAGUUCUGAGAGUGAUGCGUAUAUAGCAACGACGUGUACAGGUGCCGGUUACCAUUCAUAGUUCUCGACACAGUAAACAGGUCUCCUUCUAAAAAUAGGAGCAAGGUAACAUUUAGUUUAAGAACAAAACAAUUUUCAUAGUUUGAAAUCAUCAUCGUCAUCGUCGUCUUCAUAUGCACAAUUUCUAGUCAAAAGUCAAAAGAGUGGAAUUUCAGAUUAGGAAGCCUACCCCACAAAAGUUGGAUUUUCUCCGUUUUGACGGGAAUUUUCGCAAUUCUUUUUGACCACGGACUCGGAAAUGACGCCUCCAAAACUGGGGAUCAAGAUAGUACUUUGGAAACACUUGGACCCAGACCAAUCACAAGCACUUAAGGAUGCCCUAACACUGCAAAAUGUGAAAGUUAUCCUUGCUGAAAUCUUCAAUCUUACCAAUGUAGAAGAUCUCAGAGAAGCAAUUCUGCUCAGCUUAUAUACAUAUACACUACAAUAUGCAAGGGAUGAAGACUUCACAAUUGAAAAGUUGUCUGCCUACUUUUCCAUUGUGAAAGACUCUCACGAAUACUGUACAGAAACCUCUUUUAUGAACUUAGACGAAACAUUUGCAUUUUUCAAGGAUCUACUCUUGUGUCAUAGUGUCUAUUGUCCCCCACAUAGUGCAGAAUUGUUUACACUGAAUGAAGUAAGGAAGAUGUCUUUCCAUAUGAUUAAUACAUAUUUUAGACACUUUAAACUCUACAAGUAUGCAUUUACUCCACAGGUGCAACUUGAUUUAGUUUUAGACUACAUUGGAGAACCUGAAUCCAUGACAGACCUAGUUGAUCCUCGGAUAUCUGAAACUAAAGGUUCCCAAGUAACAGAUGAAUGCAUUGACAAAGAAAAUGAGCUGGUCAAGAUUACUGAAAAAGAGGAAGCUAAGAAAUACUUGAGAAAGAUUAUCAUAAACGUGUUACAAGAAAAAAUCAGGGAAAUAAAAUUGUCAGUUAAAGAAAAGCUGAAACAAUCUGAAGAGAUGGUGAAUAAUAAACUGGGGAGUGCUGGCUAUCGUGACGAUAGGAAAAAGUCAUUAAAAAUGAAUAAACACCACAGGAAAUAAUGAGACCAAACAUAGAAAUAUACUCAUACAACAAGACAACAUUUAUUUUUUACUGCCAUUAAUUAUAUAAAAUGAUAAGAGAAAUAGUGAGAACAAACAAUGGAAAUUCAGUUUCCUAGAAAUUUAGCUUCUGUUCCAUGGUAUUUGCCAACAUCAAUGAAUGAUGUGAACUUAGUUUAUCAACCCUA